UCCAGUUGUGAACUGUGCCAGUCGCAUACAGCAGAGAUCUAUACACAAUGGCCGACCAAGUCAAUAGCCUCAUACCGCGCGAAGAGUUUCAUGAUUUUGUUGUUCGCUGCAUGACAGCCGUGGGCACGCGUCAAGAUGAUGCACGUGCACUGGCUGACCUGCUCGUGGCAGCAGACUACAGAGGUCACUAUAGUCACGGACUCAACAGACUUGACAUGUAUGUUCGUGAUGUGCAGUCGACAAUGACAGUCACAGACAAGAGUCCGGCAAUCGUCAAGGAGACGGCGGCAACAGCAUUCGUCAACGGCAACAACUUGCUGGGUCCGGUUGUAGGGCGGUUUUGUAUAGACCUAGCUAUCCAAAAGGCGAAGGACGCAGGUAUAGGAUGGGUUGUGGCGAAGGGUUCCAACCAUUUUGGCAUCGCUGGCUGGUACUCCAUGCGGGCCAUGGAACAAGGUUUAGUGGGAAUGGCCUUCACAAAUACUUCACCGUUGUUGGUACCGACCCGAGCCAAAGAUCGGACGCUCGGAACCAACCCCAUCAGUGUGGCAGCCCCUGCCAACAACGGCGACAGCUACGUGCUCGAUAUGGCCACGACGGCGGUAGCCCUCGGCAAGAUUGAGCUGAACGACAGGAAGGGCAUCGAAGCGCCGAUCGGCUGGGGAACUGAUAGAGACGGAAAGCCGUGCUCUAAUCCUGCUGAGAUUGUAGAUAAUGGUGGCCUCAUGCCACUGGGAGGGCCGGAGGAGUGUAGUGGCUACAAGGGAUACGGUCUGUCCAUGAUGGUGGAGUUGUUCUGUGGCAUUCUGGGAGGAUCCGCCUUUGGCCCAAACGUCAGAACGUGGAAAACAACGGACAGAGAAGCGAACCUGGGUCAGUGUUUCGUCGCCCUUGACCCCAGCGCCUUCGCCCCGGGCUUUGAGGGACGCAUGAGUCAGCUGAUAGACCACUGUCGAGGACUUCAACCCGCCGAAGGGGAGAGCGAGGUGCUGGUGCCAGGAGACCCAGAGAGGAAACACAUGGCCAAGUGCGACUCCCUCGGAGGAAUACCAUAUCACCCAAACCAGGUCAAAUAUGCUAACGACCUUGCGGCCAGCCUCCACGUCGCACCAAUGAAGCCACUUUGAUUUUGAAGGCGUGUUCUGGAUAUAAAGACGAACACUUCCUACCACCAUACCGCACCUACCUGUCUCUGCCCCUACUCAUCAUCAUCACCACACACGUCUGAAGUCGUCAGGGCUGUAUUUGUUUGUGCUAUUUAAUCAAGAUACUUAUUUCACAAUGACCCAAUGAAAACAAAAAUAUUCCAAGGUGAAUUCGUUAUCAUAGAUGGCUUCCAUUGAAAAUUUAUAUAACUGAAAUAUUUUAAAUGUAAUGUUUCAAUGUUUAACAUAUUUUCUGAAUUCGUUAUCAUAGAUGGCUUCCAAUUGAAAAUUUAUAUAACUGAAAUAUUUCAAAUGUAAUGUUUCAAUGUUUAACAUAUUUUCUGAAUUCGUUAUCAUAGAUGGCUUCCAAUUGAAAAUUUAUAUAACUGAAAUAUUUUAAAUGUAAUGUUUCAAUGUUUAACAUAUUUUCUGAUAAUUAUGAAAUUCCAUUAUAUCAAAAAGACGUUUAUCGAGCGUAUCUACAGCUGGACAUGUUGGCAUACAAGGAUAUACUCAUCAUGUUUGUACCGGACUGGGAACUAGGGUUGCGACCGGGUACGAAAACUGAACUCGAGUACCCGGCAGACAAUACCCGAACCGGACUCGAGUACCGGUAGUUCAAUGUUGUCCCACUUGUUUGUAAUGCUUUUGCGAAUAAAAGGUCAUCAAACAUC